AUGGAUCGUCAAUGGCGUCCCAAUCCCAGACCAAUCCAUUACCAAAACAAUCUCUGCCCUAAUUGCUUAACCCAUCACUUCCCUUUUUGCCCUUCCCCGUCUCCUAAUUGGCCGUCGCCGCCGCCACCACCACCACCACCUAACCCUAGCACCACUUACGACGCCGAUUUCGAUAGAACCUUCAAAAAACCUAGAAUCCAAGACGACGAACGAAGACUUAAGCUUAUUCGAGAUCACGGUUUCAAUCCGCCUCCAUUUCAACCUCCUCACCACGCCUACGUCACACCGCCGCCACCACCACCACCGCAACAUCACUGUGACGCAUUUCCUCCACCACCACCAUCGCCACCGCCACAUCUUCACAACGCUUCUACUCCGAUUUAUCAUCCUCAACAACACCACAUCGAGAUCAAUGCACCUUACCACGAUCACAAUUUCCACUUUCAAGCUCAACAAGCGAAUCAUCAUCAUCAUCAUCAUGAUAAUAAUAAUCAUAACUUGAAUACAAGAGAAUUGCACCAUCCCUAUCCCUAUCCAUAUCAAAACCAUCACCCUAGUGGUGGCAACAACAGUUUUUCUGAGAAUACCUGUCAAAUGGAAGCUUCUAGAUUCUUCAGGAACAUGCCUCCGCUUCCUACUUCUCCGCCGCCACCUCUUCCUAUAGAUCCACCCAAUAAUCAGUUCAAAACAUACUUUUCUCCACCUAAGAAACCACCUUCUCUUUUUCCGGUCGCUUCUUCCGUUUCUCAUGAACCUCAUCCGUUUCCCCAACCUUAUUUUCACACUAAUAAACCCCACCAUCCAGAAUUUUCCAAUAGCUUUCCUAUGGAGGAACCCUCGAAACAGUACUUGGGAGGUGCUCAAUCUUUUCCACUGAAUCAAUUGUCUGCUGAGAAGCCUAAGUUUGUUGAUGCUUCCCAGUUAUUUCUGAAGCCACUCCGAACUUCACGUCCUGACCAUUUUGUGAUCAUACUUCGUGGCUUACCAGGCAGUGGUAAGAGUUACUUGGCAAAGAUGUUGCGUGAUCUAGAAGUCGAAAAUGGUGGUGAUGCUCCACGAAUUCAUUCUAUGGAUGAUUAUUUUAUGACUGAGGUUGAAAAGGUUGAUGAUAAUGAUGGAUCAAAAUCUUCAAGUUCAGGAAGAAACAAGAGGCCUGUAACAAAAAAGGUCAUGGAGUAUUGUUAUGAACCUGAAAUGGAGGAGGCUUAUCGAUCAAGCAUGUUGAAAGCAUUCAAGAAAACUGUUGACGAGGGAGCUUUUACCUUUAUUAUAGUGGAUGACCGCAAUCUGCGGGUAGCUGAUUUUGCUCAAUUUUGGGCAACUGCAAAGAGAUCGGGUUACGAAGUUUACAUUUUAGAAGCUACUUACAAGGAUCCAGUGGGUUGUGCUGCUAGGAAUGUCCAUGGAUUUACACAGCAAGACAUAGAGAGAAUGGCCGAGCAAUGGGAAGAUUCUCCAUCCUUGUAUCUGCAGCUUGAUGCGAAGACACUAUUUCAUGGAGAUGAUCUAAAAGAAAACAGAAUACAGGAGAUUGCUGAGUCGAUCCAUGGCUACGAUCGCUUCGCCAUCGCCUCCGUCUUCCGCUAG